AUGUUCCCCUACGACACUGAACAGGAACGACCUAGCUUGUCUCCGAACGGCAAGUAUACUUUUAAGCUCAACUUCAAUGGAACUCACAGAAGAGUUGAGAUUGAUGAUUUUCUCCCUGUAUCGAAAUCAUCGAGAGUCUUGCAUGUCAUUGACCGCCACAACCCCAGCCUUCUAUGGCCUGCCUUGAUUGAGAAGGCUUAUCUCAAAGUGAGAGGUAGUUAUGACUUUCCUGGUAGCAAUUCUGGAACUGAUCUCUGGAUCUUGAGUGGUUGGAUUCCUGAGCAAAUCUUCUUGCAAAGGUAUGCCUUAACAAUGUCUGAUAGGCAAUGA